AUGCAGCUUAUCGCAUUGGUCGAGAAGAAGGAGUGCGAAGGCUAUAUUAUGGCGUUUCAGCAGCCUUAUUACGUCAAGCAACUUAUGGAACUAUAAAAAUUGGUAUAUAUCAAAAACUGAAACGUACUUUUGCAGAUGAUAUUCGUCAAGAAAAACUCUAUAUCAAUGUUUUGAAUGGUAUGUUUGCUGGUGCAUUUGCUAAUGCUUUAGCUAAUCCUACUGAUUUAUUAAAAAUUCGUAUGCAAGCUAAUCAUCCAAGUGUUCAAGGAAAACGAUUAUUUUCUGCCAUGAUAUCGAUAGCAAAAAAAGAAGGUAUUCGAGGUCUUUGGAGUGGUGUUUUACCUACAGCUCAACGAGCAGCUAUUGUUAGUGGUGUUGAAUUAGCUUUGUAUGAUUCCGUGAAACAACAAUUAAUAUUUCGAUUUAAUAGUUCAGAUACAAUUGGAACUCAUUUUCUAUCGUCUUUCAUUGCUGGCUUUGCUGGUGCUUUAGCUAGUACACCAAUUGAUGUUAUACGAACUCGUUUAAUGAAUCAAGAGAAUUUACAAUCACAUGGUAAGUUACCAUUAUCUUCAAAACCUUAUAACGGCAUUAUAGAUUGCUUUAUCAAAACUACUCGAAAUGAAGGUUUUCUUGCAUUAUACAAAGGUUUCAUUCCUUCUUGGCUUCGAUUAGGCCCUUGGAAUAUUGUUUUCUUUAUUAUGUUUGAACAAUUAAGAUCUUUAGAUAAAAGAUUCAAAAACAGAAACUCCACAAACUAA